GCCCCGACACGGCCGCUGCGGUCCCGUUGAUCCUCUGAAGCUCCAGGGUUCGAACUUCCAGCCCCAACAUGUUCCUGUCCGCUGCUGUCCGGUCCGCGGUGUCCCACACGGCCAGGCAGGUCCGGAGUCUGCAUCGGUCGGCUGCACGCGCUGGAGCAGGUGGCAUCUUUGUGCACAGAGACACUCCUGACAACAACCCUGAUACUCCUUUUGACUUCACUGAGGAGAACAAGAAGAGGAUUGAGUCGAUCAUUUCCAUGUACCCUGAAGGCCACAAGCAAGCAGCCACCAUCCCAGUGUUGGAUUUAGCCCAAAGGCAACAUGGCUGGCUACCCAUCUCCGCCAUGAACAAGGUUGCUGAGGUGCUGGAAGUCCCUCCCAUGAGAGUGUAUGAAGUAGUGACAUUCUACACGAUGUUCCUGCGUCAGCCCGUGGGAAAAUACUUCAUUCAGAUCUGCACAACAACUCCCUGCAUGCUCUGCAACUCAGACAGCAUCCUGGAAGCCCUCAAAACUAAACUGGGGAUCAAGGUUGGAGAGACGACACCUGACAAGAUGUUCACACUAAUAGAAGUGGAAUGUCUAGGUGCCUGUGUGAAUGCGCCGAUGGUCCAGAUCAACGACGACUACUAUGAGGACCUAACACCUAAAGACAUGGACGAUAUUAUCGAUGACCUGAUAGCAGGAAGAGUCCCACCACCUGGACCCAGGGGCGGUCGUUUCUCCUGUGAGCCGGCAGGAGGUUUGACUUCCCUGACCGAGCCUCCUAAAGGACCGGGCUUCGGAGUGAGAGCGGACCUGUAGACGUUGUCGGCUACCAUCUGCUUUUAUUCACAAGCAACUCGUCCCCAAAGCUGAUACUAUGUUCAACACAAACAUGUGGUGUAAAUAAAUUGUUCAUAUACCUGU